UGAUAAGAGGAGGACCUUUGCAUGGCAGCUUCAGAUUGCAACAAUUUCAUUUUCACUGGGGGCCUUGUGAUGAUUAUGGUGCAGAGCAUAAAGUGGAUGGAAGAGAUUAUCCAGCAGAGCUUCACAUUGUCCACUGGAACGCUGAGAAAUAUUCAAGCUUUGUGGAGGCCGCUCAAAACCCAGAUGGCUUAGCUGUUUUAGGAAUAUUCUUAAAGAUUGGAGAACAUAACAAGAACCUGGAAAGGAUUACAGAUGCCUUCGAAAAGAUCAAUUUUAAGGACAAACAGUCUUCCUUUACAAAUUUUGAUCCAUCAUGCCUACUUCCUGACUGCAAGGAAUUCUGGACUUACCCAGGAUCGCUUACCAUGCCCCCACUGCUGGAGAGUGUAAUAUGGAUUUUAUUGAAAGAGCCUAUAGCUGUCAGCUCCAGACAGUUAUCUCGGUUCCGCAGCCUUUACAGCACCACUGAAACUGUUGAAAGUGAGCCAUGCUGCAUGGAAAAAAAUCACCGCCCAGUCCAGCCGUUGAAAGGGAGAAAAGUCCGAGCAUCAUUCUUAUAG